AUGUAUAUCCUUAAAUCUUUGGGAGUUCUGGCUUUGGCCACAUCUGUUCUCGCCCAAAACGUCACAUACUGCCCAGGAGCUGGCGUCUGCUAUGCAGUCAACGUCCCAGCUGCCACUGCUAGUAGCGGCAGUGGAGAUAUCUAUUUCCAGAUCAGUGGCCCGUCAACGAUGUCCUGGAUUGGGCUCGGGCAAGGGAGCCAAAUGACAGGAUCAAAUAUCUUCAUGAUCUACGCAAACGCAGCAGGAACCAAUGUCACCUUGUCACCACGACUUGGCACUGGAAAUUCACAGCCAAGUGCUGAUACCACAACCGAAGUCACUCUCCUCAGCGGAUCGGGUAUCUCUAACAACAUGAUGGUGGCGAACGUCAGAUGCUCGAACUGCAACAGUUGGUCAGGAGGAUCAAUGAGCCUUACUAGUUCCAGCUCUGCGUGGAUUUGGGCCUACAAGGCCGGCUCUGCAGUCUCCUCGGACAGCGUGAGCGCUUCAGUCUCGCAGCACACCGAGUACGGUGAUACCACGCUCAACCUCCAAAAUGCCGCUGGUGGUAGCAGCUCCAAUCCUUUCACAACAGCAGUGGCCUCAACAACCUCAAGCUCUUCUUCAUCAACAUCUUCCUCGUCUGACAGCAAUUCAGAUUCAACUACAGAUGAUGGAGGCGAGCCAAGUAAAUUGGAUAUGGUCAUCAUGGCCCAUGCAGUGCUGGCCCCGAUCACAUUCGUCCUGUUCUUCCCAAUCGGAGCCAUGAUCAUUCGACUUCUGAGCUUCAAAGGCGUUGUCUGGCUUCACGCGGGCUGGAUGGUCACAACCUACAUCAUUGUACUGGGAGCCAUGGGUAUGGGUGUCUGGAUUGCUGUCAUGACACAGCAGCUCGACACUUAUCACUCGAUCAUCGGCCUCGUCGUGGUUGGAGCUCUUCUACUACAACCAGUUUCUGGCAUCACCCAUCACUUGCUUUACAAGAAGACUGGAGGCGCAAAUGUUGCAACCUACCCUCACAUCUGGUGGGGUCGUGCUGUCGUCACGCUAGGUAUCAUCAACGGAGGUUUUGGCCUUAAAUUGUCCGGCAAUACCACCAAGGGCGAAGUCGCAUACGCAAUCGUAGCAUCAGUCAUGUGGGUGUUAUGGAUGGUCGUCAUCGUCUUCUCCUUCGCCAAGGGCAGACACACAGCUGAAAAGGACGCAAUCUAUGCCGUGGAAAUGCGGAAUGGGAACUCAAGUACGGAGAGGAUGCGAUAUCCUGCCUCCAUUCAGCAGGGUAGCUCCAUUAGAGAGAGUUACGGACGUAAUGGUAGCAACGAGUGGCCUAAAGCUCAAGACUCGAGGCGGUACAGGUAG